UUCAGCCAUUAGUCGUUCGUUUCGAAGCCCGACUUUUGGAGCGCUAGCUCUUCGUUGGAGCAAACGUACUUUUGGUCCGACGCUCGCCUUAUGAUCGAAACGUCAGCUUUGUCGAGCUGCUACUGCGGUUGUUUUACCUUUAUCAGAUUCAAAUUGAUGAUCACGGAAGAUCUUAACAGGUGUUUGACAAGAGCACUUGCUAAAAAACAAACAUAAUAGCAGGUAUGGUCCGAUCAACAGGUGUUCAGCAGUUCCAGCAAAACUACUAGAUAUACAAUACGACGUCACGAACAUUUAAGGCAAAGAUCAUCUACUUGCGCUGGUCAGUGGCUUGAUACAAUGAAUCUGUUCAGACCUUACAUUAUAACGUUACACAAAUCUAGCUAAAUUAGGAGCAAGAGGAACAGGUCCGAUACACAUUGGAUCAUGGUAGUGAGAUGGUCUGUCAUCGUACCAACCUUGUUAAGUUUGAGUACCGUCGUUCUGUUGGCUUUGAUCGCCAAUCACCUCAUUGAUGACUCUAAUGACUCAACUCAAGAACAAAAACGCGCUGUGUAUAUGUUUUCAGAAGUUCACAGUGAGACCAAGUCAGAGAUGAACAUAUGUCAAACUCGUGAAUGUAGUACAGUUGCAGAGUACAUUAGGAAUUCAAUAGAUUCUUCGGUUAAUCCAUGCGAUGACUUUUUUACAUUUUGUUGUGGCGGUUGGAUUCGGCGAAAUCCAAUUCCUAAAAGUUAUAAUGAUUAUUCUACUUUUACAAAACUAUCUAAAGUAAUUGAAGGUGAACUCCGUGAUCUUCUUCAAGCAUCAAACAUGUCACAUGAUGGUCCUCAAAAUGAGGCUCUGUUAAAAACAAGAGACUUUUAUCGCUCGUGCAUGGACGAAAAACAGAUUGAAACUUUAGGAGCAAAGCCCAUGCUGGAUUUCAUUCACCAGAUAGGUUCUUGGAACAUUUGUCAAGAUGGAAGCUGGAACAAGUCUUCCUGGGACAUUCAUGAGGUUUUACAACGUUUGCAGAGUUCAUAUUAUCCUGCACCGCCUUUCUUCUCAGUUGAAGUGACAAAUGAUCAUCUCAAUUCUACCAAACACCUGAUAAAGGUUGAUCAGUCUGGUUUGAGUCUUCAGAGAGAGAUUUACUUUAAACAUCCUGAGUUCACCACAUCAGCUGAAGACAAAGCUGAAGGAAUCUACAGGAGGAUGAAACUCAACAAUCUUAUACGACUUGUUCCACAGUUUCCGUGGUUAGAUCAUAUGCACACCAUAUUUAAAGCAGCAAACGUGACUGAAGCGGAUGUUGUGCUGGCCACAUCACCAUCUUAUCUUCGGAAAAUGACAACACUUUUGAAAAACACUUCUAAAGAGUUACUUUCUAACUACGUGGUGUGGCAGAUGAUCCGUGAUAAAGUAAGCCUGCUGUCUAGUCCAUUCCGAAAGGCUCGAGCCAAGUUUAACGAGCGAAUAUCUGGAGUUAAGGACUCAGACCCGAGAUGGCGCACGUGUACAGGAAUCACUAAUGACAACAUGGGAGUUCCAAUUGGUUCUCUUUACAUAAAGAGCUUCUUCGACCAGUCGGCAAUUGCCAAGACUCAGUCAAUGAUCGAUGAGAUAAAGAAGACUUUCAAGAAAAGAGUGAAAGAGCAUGAGUGGAUAGAUGACAAAACAACAAAAUAUGUUUUCGAAAAGGCAGACGCUUUGGGAAGCAAGAUUGGUUAUGCAAACUACGUGGUCCGGCCAAAGGAUCUUACAUCACGUUUCUCCAAUCUCCUGAUUAACUCAAAGACGUUUUUCCAAAACAACGUAGAAGUGGACAAAUGGGUUAGACAACGACUCUUUGCGAAACUCCGGAAGCCGGUCGACAAGGAAAAGUGGCCUAUGUUCCCACAGACCAUUAACGCUAUGUAUCAGUUCUACGAAAACGAGAUUGUUAUUCCGGCUGGUAUCUUACAGUCUCCGUUCUUUUACUCUGCCGAAAUUCCGAGGUCAUUAAGUUAUGGCGCUUUAGGAUCCAUCAUAGGACAUGAGAUGACUCAUGGAUUUGACAAUACUGGUCGAAAAUUUGACAAAAAUGGUGACAUUGUUAAAGAAUGGUGGAGCAAGUCUUCACUCAUGGAAUUCAACAAGAAAUCAGAAUGCUUUGAAGAACAAUACUCUAAAUACAAGGUCCAAGGCCGAUAUCCGAUCAGUGGAAAGGUGACGCUCGGAGAAAACAUAGCGGACAAUGGAGGAACUAAGCUUUCUUAUUUUGCGUACCAUGACUGGCUUCAAAAGCAUGGUACAGAGGAAUUCUCACUUCCCGGCCUGGGGUAUACCAACGAGCAAUUGUUUUUCAUUGGUUACGCACAGGAGUACUGCAGUCAUGCCCGACCUAAAACGGAGUACAUCGCCACACUGAGUGAGAUCCAUGCACCACCUAAAUUCAGGGUUAUUGGAACACUUUCCAAUUUUAAGGAGUUUUCUGAGGCGUUUAAUUGUCCAGCGAAUAGCACCAUGAACCCUGAAAAGAAGUGUGAGGUAUGGUGAUGGAGUCUGAGAGAAUGUCGAAAAGUAUUAUGAUUCAAAGAUCGAGUCAACUGAGAUUACCGUACAUUUCACUUGCUUUUGCUGUAAGGACGGUUAGAACACAAUAAAAAGACAUGUUCGUGAUUUAUUUGUUGACAUAAAUUUCAUUUGGUGGUGGCAAACAAAUGACGUAGCAGGAAAGCAUUCGUGAAAUUUUGUUAUGUCUCUUUUGCACCCUCGCGCGGUGUAUAACAUGCAUGACAUUAGUUUGCCGGACUCGCAGAUUUCCUAUAGACAUUUUGAGUAUGAAGUUCCCAUAGUAUUUCAAUGCACCAACUCUCUGCCAUGAAUGUUUAUUGUCACGAGACUGCCGAGAGGCAAAGACACAUAACAAGUACAACGACCAGAUACAAGCAUAUGACGCGGAGGGAAGAAUGCAGUGAACUCACAGAACUUUUAUUUCAAUUUAAUUUUAAUUUAUUUUCCCUAUUGUUUCACCCCAUUCCAUGAAUACCGUGCAUAUAUCUCGAGACAGGCGAGAGUUGGAAACAUUGACUUGACUAUAUACAGUAGUAAGGUUACCCGACUAAAAGAAGAUUACCUAGCAGAGUAUAUAAGUAACGCGAAAACUGUCGUAGAUCCGGCGCCGAUUACUUUACUUGCCUUGAUGUUCAGUGAAAAGUAUUGAAUGAAGAUGCUAUCAGAUGCUGAGGUCCAAAGAAGUCUCCUGGUUUCCCUGCUGCGUUGUCGCUGAGCAAUACGAGGCAAAAAGCCCCCCUAUCUCUGGCAUCUUGUAAAGAGUUUCGGCUGCCAGGCAAGUGACUCAACUGAGUUAUUUUCCCUGUUCCGUGAAGCAUCCUAACGAGAUAAUUUGUUUUCCCAACCUGUUUACCCAGCGUGGCCUCUUCCAGGCGUUCAGUUAGUUGGGGUGGAGCGCGAAAACAGGCGAGCGAAAAAAUAGAGGAGAAGCGCGGCGAGAGCAAGCGAAAGAACGUUUGCCCACAGGCGUUAGCUCGUUUCCCCUCACCGCGCUUUUUUUUUAUUGCGCCCCAACUAACUGAACGCCUUGAAGAGGCUAACCCGGCGAGGAGCUUAAGCUGUGAAAGCCCGGUGGGGGUGGGGAGGGGGUGGGAAAACUCCUCCUUAUCUUAUUUAUGACUAAGUCUGCGAUUUUCCCUACCCUAUUUAUGACCUAACCAAAAAAUUUUAUACCCUAUUUCAGAGAUAACUGGCCCUGAAUCUAGCUCUCCCGCAGACGUUCUUUUAUCUCGUCACACGUGGGAGACUACUUGCUUAUCACGAAGAGUAUUGCUAACGUCAGCAUUGUUUCAUUAAUAAACGAAAAAAUAUUUAUUCACAGAUUUCCUUACAUUUCGUCUUACGUACAUAAAAGCAAAAAUAUUAUAAAGAUCUUAAAAUAAACAGGGAAUGGUAACACGAAAACUACUUUUGGUAUUUAUUAAACCAAAAUCGCAAGAAAAGUCGUCACGACAUACGCCAAUAGCAUCGCUGGCAGCACUUCUCUGAUUUAGCACUUGACAAGUUGAAAUUAAAGAGAAGGCCUUUCGCGCUCUGUAUACUCUUACAAAACACACAAAUGUCAGGAAAUUGUCCCUCUUCCUUGCAACUAAAAUUUUUGACGCGAUGAUCUCUCCAAUCCUGUCAUAUGACAGCGAUUUACAUGGAACUGUAGUUUUGCCGGUGUUAGUUGCCGUUGUACCCUGCUUAGGGACGGCUUUACCACUAUAAGAUAAGAUAAGAUAACUUUAUUUAUACACGGUUUUUCCAUCAGUCAACAAAGUUACUGGAUUAUUUACCUAUCUGCCUAACUACAAUAAAAAAAAAACUGCUUUUCAUGGAGGCCGUGUCUAAAAAUUUACUUAAAAUUAAGAUAUUACUUUAAACUGUGGCGACUUAAUUUAGCUAGGUUGUGGUAGAACUUAGUGAGUUCAGAGUUGUAGAUUCUCCAUCUCUGCUGAGCAACGGCGCUUCGCCAUGUGCCGAGUAUGCGUCCAAUCAGGGGCCACGGCCGGUUGCGGCAUGAUGUGGCUUGUUUUGAGAGUAUAAGCAGUCCCGUGUACUGAUAUUGAAAAGGAAAGAGUCUUUCCCUUGAUAAGGUGAAUAAAACCUUGACUCUUGUGUCAAAAACGUCAGAGAGCUUUCCAAAACACGUCCGCCAACACUCGGGAAAGGAUUCACAUUGAAUUUUGGUAUAGGAUUGUGCGAUCUCAUGAGAUCCCUGCACCAUAAAGUGAUGAUGAGAUAGAAAUGUGGAACUAAAGAUGGUGUAAGUUGUAAAAGGAAAAAUAUACUAGUCCAUAUCUUUCUCUUGUCUCUAUCUAAACUGAGUUUGCCAAUGUUUAAAAAGAGCCCUGUCAUACGGACCUGGCUUUCAUGUGUUUACGCCUUAGUGCCGUAUAAUUAUUGAAGAGGUUGAGAGAUAUUAUUGUUGUGUUUCCCAAGCAAAGCAUUAGAGUCAUGCGUAGCUGGCACGAUACUAAAGCAUGUCAACGAAAAUGACCUGCUCACAGAGAAGCAAUGGCCUUGUCCCAAGGGACAUUCGACUGAAUCGCUUCUUGCCCAUCUUAGGCGGCGAAAUACGAGAUACAAAAACCCUCAACUUGUCGCCCAACAUGGUUUCGUUGCAAGUUUUGGGACAAUGUUUCUCGUUUUUCACCUUGCGUGAUCAACUUGUCGCGCAACAAAAACACUUGUUGCGGGUCGAAGAAAGUUGUUGCGAAAAGUAGAGCGCGGGUCCACUUUGAGCAACAAAUUUUGGCUUUGUUGCUCGUUUUCCAUCAACCCAAAACUUGCAACGAAACAAUGGCCGUUUUUAUACUAGAGGACGCAUUAUCCGUCCAGAAGGAUAAUUCGUCCUCGCUGUUUUUGUACUAAAGACGUAUUGGCCGUUUUCCCACUAGAGACGGAUAAUCCGUCUAAGACGGGUUAUCCGUCCAGCACGGAUAAUCCGUCUUGGUGCGUCUCUAUAGACGGAUAAUUGGACGGAUAAAAAUAGACGGAUUAUCCGUCUAAAAUGAACACCGUUCCGU